AUGGAAACAUUAUGUUUUUCAUGUUUUUCUGUUUAUUCACCAAAACCACAUUAUUCAAUUAAGAAUAUAUCAAAAACAAUACCAAAAUUUUCAAAAGAAUAUUAUAAUAUUGUAAAUAUUAUUAAUGAGAGUGGAUUAACAAUUCCAAAUUAUAUUUAUACAUGCGCUGAUGUUAGUCCAUUUCAAGCAUCAUUUCAAUUAUUACGUGCAAAUAUUCGAAUAUGUAAGAAUGACAUAAAUAACAAAGGAAUUUGUGCCAAAUGGAAAGGAAAUUAUAAGGGUAAAGAAAUUGUUUAUCGUGAAUGUUGGGAUAAAAUGUGGGUGAAGCCUAAACCAUUUAUAACUUCAUAUAAAGAAUAUUUGGGUGAAUAUUUAUAA